AUGGCGUUAUCAGGAGUGAUAUGCGACCCAACAACAACGGAAGCAAACGAAUAUGAUUCUCUGUCUGAAAAAAUAUCGGACCUCAGCGAGGAAUCUGCAGAUGAAUUGGAAAUUGACCCGGCCGACGCACUUGUUGUGGAAGAAGUUAUUGACAAGUGUUACAAAAUUGUUCUUGGCGACCAAGCGGAGGAAACAACAACUGAAGGAGCAGCAGCAGUAGCAGCGGCGACAAAAGAAAAUGCAGAAAAGCCAGAAGCUGGGGAGGAAAGUGCUGGGGCUACGGGAGAAUGCGUCCCAACCAUCUUCGGUGACGACGUUCUGUUGUGUGAAAAUGGACUGUACAUCCCUGAUCCAAGCUUCUGUUACGGCCUUGUUGGACAGUAUUGCGCUGAGCGCGGAUCAUAUGAAGAUCAAAACGGAGAAGAAAAUCAUGUCGAGGAGCCCACUCAUGGAACCACGGAGCAGCCGCGGCAGAAUCUCGAGGAUCCGACUGUCCGCGCACCAUGCGAAUCGUAUGAAGAUCAAAACGGUGAAGAAAAUUAUGUCGAGGAGCCAAUUCAUGGAACCACGGAGCAUCCGCAGCAGAAUCUCGAGGAUUUGACUGUCCGCGUACCAGUAGAGAACGGCAACAGUGCCUAA